AUGACCAACGUCAAUCUUCCAGAAGAGCUUUUGCUUAAGCUCGCCAGCCAAGUCGUUCAAGACCCCGGGAUUCCGGUCCCCAACCCGACCGUUUCAGCGUGGCAAGAGCCUGCCCAUCCUCUCUCGGCCACCCAGUCGAAGGAUCUACCGGACUACACUGAUUUUGCAGUCAUUGGAUCUGGAAUCACCGGCUGCAGUGCGGCUAAGACGAUCCUUGAAAGUGAACUGGGACUCGAUAAGAAGGUUACCAUAUUUGAAGCUCGUUCUUUGACCACCGGCGCAACAAGUCGCAAUGGAGGGUUUUUAUUGAGCCAUGUCCCUCAUGUCUAUGGGCGCUUUGCAGACGCGCACGGCGUUGAGGCAGCCAGGGAGAUCGCUCAAUUUGGCGAUCUUAACCUGGAAGAGAUCAUUCGGAUUGCCAAAGAGGAGAAUCUCGAUAAGGUUAGCGAGAUUAGAGACGUUACUACGGUUUCCAGCUUUGACAACGAGGAGGACUUCGCCGAUGCCACUCGGUCUCUUCAUAUGUACGAGGAAGCUGUUCCCGAGUCCAAAGGCAAAUAUAAAAUUAUUGCUGGGGAGGCGGCGGAGAAGGAAUAUCAUCUCAAGAGCUCCAAGGGUGCUUCCGUGGUGAAAUCGAAGGUGUUUUGGCCGUAUCGGCUGGUGACAAACAUUCUCCAGCGCCUGCUCGAACGUCACCCAGAUCGUUUCUCCAUCGAGACAAACACGGCGGUCACUUUGAUUACUCUCUCCAGCGAUGCCGACAAUACAUAUCCAUAUGUGCUCACUACACCCCGCGGAACCGUCAGAGCCGCCAAGAUCUUCCACUGUGUGAAUGGCUUUAGUGGUCACCUUCUGCCCAAGCUCAGGGGGCCUCUCUUCCCCUGUCGACUUUCCAUGUCAACGCAAAAGCCUGGCCCCCAGUGGGGGAAUGUUCCAUAUUCUUGGCUCUUCCACACAAAGCAAUCGUGGGACCCGGAUACUACCUUAGUCGAGCAAGGCCUUUACUGGAUGCAACAAAAUGCGCAGACCGGCGAUCUUUUUGUUGGAGGUGACCUGCAGAGACUGGACGACUUUUUGUCCUCAGAUGAUUCACUCAUCAGUGCGGACUCCGUGGGUAACCUCACCAAUUUACUUCCAAAGAAGAUCUUCACCGACGGCUGGACCAAUCCAAUCACCAAUACUACGCUAUCCUCUGCGACGGUAAUCCAGAGGGUCUGGUCUGGCAUUAUUGGCAUGACUGCUGAUCAACUACCCAUUGUGGGAAGUGUUCCCAGCACUGUGAGCGACAGGAAUAUUGAAGGAGGAGAGUGGGUCGCCGCGGGCUUUAACGGAUAUGGCAUGUCUCAAGCCUGGUUGUCUGGUCAGGCUAUCGCACUGAUGGCAUUGGGACAGCCGAAGCCUGACUGGCUCCCUGACGUGUACUUGAGUACUGAGAAACGUCUGACAGACAAGGCGACCAUGGGUGAAGAGGCGGCGCUGGCUUCUUUCUUCCAUAGAUAA